AUGUCUCAGAGGAAAUUGAAAGGGGCAAGAUCUGCAUCCGCCUCUCCUGUCACAGCGGAUACUGCGGAUGGCUGGGUGAUUGUGGGAGACUCGGAAAAACUAUUCCCAACACCGGCAGCGAGUGGGGACUUCAGCUCUGCACGGGAUACAAAAAAUCGAUGCGCGGAGGGAAAAAGAAUCCAUUUGCAAAGUACCGAACAGGCGGUCAACACACCGAUAACCCGAACCGAUAAUUCCGCACAUGUUAGUUCUUUUCGAAAUUUGAAUGUGCAAUGGAACGAAGCCCACAGUACUUCGAGUCUUUUUAGUGAUGAACAUUCAGUGAACUGCGAUUUCUUGUUGCGUGACAGGACACGUUCGAGUACCACUGCCGCGGAGGAAAUACUUAGCCAACAGUUUGAAGACAAUGUCUACUUGUCGAUUCCAUCUCCGGUGCCCACCCCUGCCACUCCAUCCAAGGGGGGAACACUUUCCCCCACAGCUGAUGCGAGGAACGGGAGUAAUGAUAACUCAACGUCUGUUGGCUCAUUUUUAACUUUUUUUUCCAAUGGUGGGCAGGUGCAAUCUUAUG